AUGGGUGUGGACCAGGGGCUCAGUGAGGCCCGAGACGAACUCAGAAGAAAGGAGACUGGAGUGAGGAGGUACAGUCUACGAGAAAGAAAGGGCCACGUGUACCAAGAGGUCAGCGAGCCCCAGGAUGACGACUACCUCUAUUGUGAGGAGUGUCAGAACUUCUUCAUCGACAGCUGUGCUGCCCAUGGGCCCCCAACCUUUGUAAAGGACUGUGCAGUGGAAAAGGGGCAUGCCAACCGCUCAGCCCUCACGCUGCCCCCUGGGUUAAGCAUCAGACUGUCGGGCAUCCCUGACGCUGGGCUUGGAGUGUGGAACGAGGCGUCCGAUCUGCCGCUGGGCCUGCACUUUGGCCCCUAUGAGGGCCAGAUCACAGACGAUGAAGAGGCCGCCAAGAGUGGAUACACCUGGCUGAUCACCAAAGGGAGGAACUGCUAUGAGUAUGUGGAUGGAAAGGGCAUGUCUUGGGCCAACUGGAUGAGGUAUGUGAACUGUGCCCGGGACGACGAGGAGCAGAACCUGGUGGCCUUCCAGUAUCACGGGCAGAUCUUCUACCGAACCUGCCAGGUGGUCAGGCCGGGCUGUGAGCUGCUGGUCUGGUACGGGGACGAGUAUGGUCAGGACCUUGGCAACAAGCGGAACAGCCGGGGGAAGCGUGAGCUUGCAGCUGGGAGAGGGUCAUCACAGCAUCUGGACUCCAGAUGCGACCACAGGGGUCCAGUUCUCAGCCCUACCCCCAGCAGCUCUAAGGGGUUCCGGAGGCUGAAGUCCACCCGGCCACCAGAAGACACCAAGGGGAGAGACAGCGGCCAGGUCCCACCUGACACUGUGACUGCCCUGCACGGUCACACAGGACACCAGCAGUCACGGGACGGACAGCCAGCUGCCUCCGCCCCACCCUCCACCCUGACCACGGCGGCCCCGUGGCUGUACCAGCCCCGCCUGCACGUGGCUCUGCUAGGCUGCCGGGGCUCGGGGACCCUGGUGCCGGGCUCCCAAGACACCAAGCUGGGGUUGGCGGUGGGGGAGCUGGAUGCCAGGGAACCCGAGACCCUGCAGCAGGUCAGUGCACUGUGGACGCGGGCUGGCCUCACUGACCGGAGGGAGACCUUCGGUUCUGUGUGA